AUGUCCGAUAGUAAAAUUGAAGACAAAUCGGCUGCUAUUGCGGCUGCUACAACUGCUGAUGGUGCUGCUGCUCCCCCAAAGACUGAGAAAGAGCUUGAAAAAGAGCGUAAAAAGGCUGAGAAACUCGCCAAGUUUCAAGCCAAAGAGGCUAAGAAGAAGGCUGCUGCUGCUAAGUCUGAAGCUAAGAAGGCAAAGGAACCUGCUGCUUCUCCAGCUCCUGCUGCUGCUCCCGUUGCUCAGUUCGUUGAUAAAACUGUCCCUGGUGAAAAGAAGAUUCUCGUUAGCUUGGAUGACCCUGCCCUAAAGGCCUAUAACCCUCACAUUGUUGAGUCUUCUUGGUACGAUUGGUGGAAGAAGGAGGGAUUGUUUGAGCCUGAGUUUACUGAGGAUGGCAAAAUUAAACCGGAGGGACAUUUUGUUGUGCCCGCUCCUCCUCCCAAUGUCACCGGAGCCCUACACAUUGGACAUGCCCUUACAAUUGCGAUCCAGGACUCUUUGAUCAGAUUCAACCGUAUGAGGGGCAAGACCACUUUGUUUAUCCCCGGAUUCGACCAUGCCGGUAUUUCAACUCAAUCAGUUGUUGAGAAGAUGCUCUGGAAUAAAAAUAAGAUCACGCGUCACGAUCUUGGAAGAGAGAAGUUUGUUGACACAGUCUGGGAGUGGAAGGAAGAGUACCAUGAGCGUAUUCGUAAACAAGUCGAGAGAUUAGGUGCUUCUUAUGACUGGUCCAAGGAGGCAUUCACUCUUGACGACAAGCGUUCCAAGGCCGUUGUCGAAGCUUUUGUUAGAUUUUUCGAUGAUGGUACUAUCUACCGUGCUAACCGUCUUGUCAACUGGUGUGUUGCUCUCAAUACCACCUUGUCCAAUUUAGAGGUCGAGAACAAGGAUAUCGCUGGUCGUACUCAAUUGUCUGUUCCUGGUUAUAAGGAGCCUGUCGAAUUUGGUGUUAUUACUUCUUUUGCCUAUCCUUUGGAAGGUUCUGAUGAAAAGAUUGUCGUUGCAACCACUCGUCCGGAAACCAUGUUUGGUGAUACUGGUAUUGCCGUUCACCCGGAGGAUCCCAGAUAUAAGCAUUUGCAUGGAAAGUUUGCUUUACAUCCCUUCUUGGACCGUAAAAUCCCCAUUAUCACCGAUUCUGAGGCUGUUGAUAUGGAGUUCGGUACUGGUGCUGUCAAGAUCACUCCUUCUCACGAUCCCAAUGAUUACCAAACUGGUAAGCGUCAUAAUCUUGAGUUCAUCAAUAUCAUGAAUGAUGAUGGUACUCUGAAUGAGAAUGCGGGUGAUUUCAACGGUGUUAAGAGAUUUGAUGCCAGAAAAUUGGUUAUUGAAAAACUGAAGGAGAAAGAGUUGUUCAUCGACCAACAAGAAAACCCAAUGACUAUCCCAUUCUGUACCAAGUCUGGUGAUGUUAUUGAACCCAUCAUGAAGCCUCAAUGGUGGGUUUCUCAAAAGGAACAAGCCAUUGAGGCCAUUAAGGCCGUUAAGGAUGGUAAGAUCACUAUUGUCCCCAAGACGUCGGAGAAUGAGUUCUUCCACUGGGUUAACAACAUUCAGGAUUGGUGUAUCUCGCGUCAACUGUGGUGGGGUCACAGAUGUCCUGUUUACUUUGUUAAUCGUGAGAAUUCCACCGAAGAGCAGCAAGACAGAAGUGAUGCUUCUAACUGGGUUGCUGGUCGUGAUCUUGAAGAGGCUCAAAAGAAGGCUGAAGCCAAGUUCCCCAAUGUUAAGUUCACUCUUGAACAAGACGAGGAUGUUCUUGACACAUGGUUCUCUGCCGGUUUAUGGCCUCUGACAACUCUUGAGUGGCCUAACACCAAGUCUGUCGACCUUAAGAACUUUUACCCAAUGUCCUUGCUCGAGACUGGUUGGGAUAUUCUGUUCUUCUGGGUUGUGCGUAUGAUUAUGAUGUGUAUGAAGUUGUCUGGAGAAGUUCCUUUUACUGAGGUUUUCUGUCACUCGCUUAUUCGUGAUGCUCAGGGCCGUAAGAUGUCAAAGUCUUUGGGUAACGUCAUUGAUCCCUUGGACGUCAUUGCUGGUAUUCCUUUACAAGGUUUGCACGAUAAACUCCGCCAAGGAAAUCUCGACCCUCGUGAAACGAAAAAGGCUGAGGAGGGUCAAAAAAUCUCGUUCCCCAACGGUAUUCCCGAGUGUGGUACUGACGCUCUUCGUUUUGCCCUUUGUGCCUACACUACCGGUGGACGUGACAUCAACUUGGAUAUCUACCGUAUUGAAGGUUACAGAAAGUUCUGUAACAAGAUCUACCAGGCUACCAAAUUUGCUCUUAUGAGACUUGGAGAUGACUACGUUCCUCCUGCCUCUGGCAACCCCUCAGGAAAGGAAAGCCUUGUCGAAAAGUGGAUUCUUCACAAGCUGUCGACCGCCAGCAAGAUCGCUACCGAAGCUCUAGACAAACGUGACUUCCUUGAAGCCACGAAUGUGAUUUACAACUUCUGGCUUUAUGAAUUCUGUGAUAUCUACAUUGAGAACUCUAAAUACUUGAUUUUGGAAGGUACUCCUGAAGAGAAAUUAUCUGCUCAAAACACCCUGUAUACUUGUCUGUCGAGUGCUCUUGAGCUUAUCCAUCCCUUCAUGCCUUUUAUUACUGAAGAAUUGUGGCAAAGACUUCCCAGAAGACCAAAUGACACCACUAAAUCCAUUGUCAAGGCUUCCUACCCUAGUCUUCAGGCCUUUGACCUUGAAGCCGAGUCUGCUUACAACCUCAUUCUCGAGGUUGUCAAGGGUGCUCGUUCUCUCCUUGCUCAGUAUGGUAUUUUGAAGAAUGCCACGAUUAUUGUCCAGGCUGCUGAUAGCAAAACCUACAAGAUUGUGGCUGACCAAGAAGCCAGUAUCUUGUCUCUUGUCAAGGCUGCUGCUAAGCUGGAGGUGACUGAUUCUACCACCGCUCCUUCAGGUUCUGUUACGUCUGUUAUUUCACCUGAGUGUAGUGUCUUCGUUGUUGUUCGGGGACUUGUUGAUUUCGAUGCCGAGAUCGCUAAGGCCCAACAAAAGAUUGAAAAGACUGAGAAGCAGAAACAGUCGCUUGAGAAGUCCAUGUCUGUCAAGGACUACGAGAUCAAGGUUCGUAAGGACGUCCAAGAAUCUAACACUAAACGUUUGGAGAAUUUCAAUGCUGAGAUUGCUGGACUUGAGGCUACAAUCGCCAAUUUCCAAAGACUCAAGUUGGAUUAG